CUAUAAUAUAAAGUUAGUUCAUUUCGAAAUAUUCAUUUAUAUUUUAUAUAAAAAUAAUUUAUAAGUGUUGUUAACAAAUACUAUCAACGACAAUGAAAAUGCAAAUUAUAUUAUCAGUAUUGAUGGCAUUAAUUUGUGUGAAAGUCAAUGGACAAACCACUCACAAGUCGACCGUUAGUCCGCCCCAUGAAUUCAAAUGUAUGAAAGAGUUUUAUCAGAAAUAUUGUGCCGAAAAGGACGACAAUGUCUUCAAACAGUUGGAGAAAUGCGAACAUAAAAACCCAAAAGAGAUUAAGGACAUUGAGAUACAUUGCGUUGAAAAGAUCCGAAAGGCGGCGGGAAAGACGGGUGAGUUGACUCAUCUGGAAUACCAGGCCCUCGAAUGUGACGCCAAAUUGGGCGAAGAGGUGAGACAUCGACACACCUGA